UAAGCAGUUCACCAUUUCUCCCAAAUUCCAGUGCAGAGCUUGUGAUGGAGACAACCAAUGAGACUGGAGUUAAGGAAUUCAUCUUACUAGGCUUUGGAGGUGGGCAGCAGAAGCGGUUCCUACUCCUCAUCUUUCUCACAGUUCUCUACAUAUUCACUUUGGCUGAGAACAUUGCUGUUAUCACUCUGGUGAAUCUAGAUAACCACUUGGCCCAACUACCCAUGUACAUCUUGCUGAGCAACUUCUCCUGGCUGGAGAUCUGUUAUGCGACCGCCACAGUGCCCCGUAUGCUCUUUGACCUGACAGCCUCUCACAGGACUAUCUCCUUCCAUGCCUGCUUCCUCCAGUUUUACAUCUUCUUCUCUCUAGGGAGUACUGAAUGCUGCUUUCUCUCAGCCAUGGCCUUUGAUCGCUACUUAGCCAUCUGCCAACCACUGCGCUACCCACAAAUGAUGUCCCGAGAUUCUUGCUGUGUCCUGGUGGCUGUUUGUUGGGCCCUUGGCUUCGUCUAUAACGUUGUCCCAGUGACUUUGUUCUCUAAGUUGUCCUUCUGUGGACCAAACAUCAUUGAUAAUUUGUUAUGCGAUCCUGAGCCAAUUCUGUCUCUAGCCUGCCCUCCUCUAGGAAACACUCCUCUCAUUGCUCAGAUUAUCAGGGAUGUUGGAGUUUUAUUCAAUGUCUUGUUUGUUGUGCUAUCCUACAGUGUUGUGAUUAUCAACCUGAUGAAAACAUCUAGCCAAAGCAGUUGGGUGAAAGCCUUCUCCACCAUAUCUUUUCACCUGGUAGUGGUCACAUUAUUCUACAGCUCAGUAGCAGCGAUGUAUUUAAUUCCAGGUGGAGAAAAUCAGUCAGAGGUCAAUAAGGCAGUCACACUCCUCUACACAGCCAUCACACCCUUUCUCAACCCCCUGAUCUACUGUCUAAGGAAUGAUCAGGUGAAGGAGGCAUUGGACAGAUUGCUGAAGAAGAAGGGGAGAUGGCUGGAGCGAUAA